AAUGCCCAUCUGGUUAUAAAAAAGUUCGGACUGGCAUAUGGAGACGGAGGACAAUCUGCAGGAAAAAAGCAUGUGGUGUGGGCUACAGAUGGAAAAAAGGAAAAUGCCGCUUUUACAAAUGCCCAUCUGGUUAUAAAAAAGUUCGGAUCGGCAUAUCAAGACGGAGGACAAUCUGCAAGAAAAAAGCACUUGGACGCUGCGUUUGUAGGGGUGCCGGAGAUCCCCAUUACAAGACAUUUGAUGGCCAGACCGUCCAUUUCCAGGGCGUGUGCAAGUACCUCCUGUCACAGACGACCAAGCAGAUUGAUAAGUGCUCUUACAUUGUUCUCGUUGAGAAUGAGUACCGUAAGAAUAAUCGGGUUUCAUAUACAAGCUCUGCCGAACUGCAGAUGCCCGGCGGCAUCAAAAUAAAACUGGAUAAAUACUAUAACAUAUACAAAGACGGAGCAAAGGAGAACUUUCCUCUCGAUGCAACCAGUAUUAAUGGCGUGAACGUAAAGGCUCGUCUCCGUGGGAAAACUAUGACGAUAACUGUGACGGAAUGUGGGAUUACCCUGACCUACAAAAACAGUCACAUGGUUUACCUUAAAGUGGACAGCAAGCGUUAUGGUGGUAAAGGAAAGCUUACUGGCAUGUGCGAUGACUGUGACGGAGUUAAAACACCAACGGCAAAGAUAGACUUCAACAAUUACAGGGUGAAUGGAAACUGUAAAAUUGCACCUGCUAAUCCAAAAUGUCCAAAAACUAAAAAACGCAUCCUCAUGCGAAGCUGCAGCAUCAUCCAAAAGAAGAAUGGACCAUUCAAGAACUGUAUAAAAAAAUUGAACGUAUGGAAGGCAUCCAUCGAGAACUGUAUCUUCGAUUCCUGUGAAUUCUUCACACCCGCGAAAACCCGUAGGAGAGCCGUGUGCCAGUCCAUUGAGGCUUUUGCGCAGAGAUGCAGACAGAAUGGUUUCCCAUCUAGCACUCCGUGGAGAAAGAGAAACUUCUGCCCAAUGACCUGUCCAAAGAACUCGGUUUACAAGAGAAGGAUGAAUCCUUGUCAGCCACGUUGCCCAUUGCCUCGAACCGUGAAGCGCCGUAUUUGUAAGCGGGUGAAAAGAAGUAAGAUGGUCGAAGGCUGUAAAUGUAAGAACGGUUAUGUACUGAGUGGAACGGCCUGUGUCAAAAAGAAGCUCUGUGGUUGCUAUAUUGUAAAGAGAGGCAGAGUUGUUCACUAUAUGAAGAAAGGACAGUUUAGGGUGUCCAGCAACUGUAAGUGGAGGUUUACAUGCCGCAACGGUAAAUUUAAAAGGUAUCGACAAAAAGCCUGUCACAGGUUUGCCACUUGUAAAGUGAACAACAUCACGCAUAGAUACGGUUGCAAUUGCAAGUCUGGAUACUAUGGAAACGGAUUCAAAUGCAAGAAGAGCUGCCGUAAACUAGGAGGUCGUUGUAGCCUAUCGUGUGGAUCUAAAUCUGGAUUCCUUGGGAAACGAAACUGUGGUUCGAAACGCACGUGCUGCAAAAAAAAAACAUGCAGGCAAGUAGGCGGAAGAUGUCGCAACAAGUGCCUCACACGUGGACGCUAUCUCGGCAGAUUUGGCUGUAAGAGGAUGUGCUGCAAAAAAAAUUUGCCGAGAAAGUGAGAAAAGAAAACCGGAGAAGUAAAUUGUUGUAGACAAAUACGAGUUGGAACCUUUUAGAUUAGUUAUCAGCGAGUCACUCUUUUAGAUACGACUCCAAGUCUUAUUAAUGUUCACUUAUAACAGUAACAUUACACGGAGGAUGUCUAACGACCAUGUUAUAACAAGUGUUGGACACACAAACAUUUCUUGGAUUUUCAUACGACUAAAUGCGUUCUAAUACCGUGACUUUUGUCGAUUAAAAACUUCCCUGGACAGCAUUUAUUGAUGAAAUAAAUGGUUGAUUACUCUAAGAUGAAAUACAGGAAUUUUUGUGCAAAACGCAUCAGAAUUCAGGAUUAGUCUCUCGUAAGCUGUGAUAACUUCAAAUGCACUUUGAAGCGUUGUAAUCGAUCAUCGUUCACAUGCAAAACAUUACACCUUACCUUUCUUGUUUUCCGAUCUAGAACAACAUCUUUGUUCUUCGUUCAUGUCUCCUCACCGCCCGUGAAAGAAUUUUGAGAAUACCCCAUGUCUUCAUAGUUUUGGAAUGUUUAAGUCGUGUUAGUGGUGUUAUAAAACUUGCCAACACUUGUAAUUGCGCAACUAGUUUGCAUCCCGUGUACAAGACAUAGUAGAAUGUAGUAAAGCAUCACAAAAAGUAA